CCAAACAGCUGACAUAUAUUUUGACUGAGUUGUCACUUCCUUGUGUCUUUCCGCGAGCAAUUGUUAGUUUGGGAAAUUUGUAUUUAAAUGUAAAUAAAUAAUGGGUGGGAAAAGUGGUGGAGAAGAUGAUCCGUUGGCCGAGGAACGAACUGGAACUGUGCGAGAAGUAGGCGGCCAAGCUGUGUGGAGUUUGUCAUCAUGUAAACCAGGAUUCGGCGUGGAACGAUUGCGAGAUAAUUAUAUAGAAACCUAUUGGCAAUCAGAUGGACAACUUCCACAUUUGGUCAACAUUCAGUUUCAACGCAAGACAACAGUAAACCAAAUUUACAUCUACACCGACUAUAAAUUGGAUGAAAGCUACACACCGAGCCGAAUAUCUAUCCGAUCUGGGACUCAUUUCAAUGAUCUUCAAGAAAUUGAAAUUAUUGAUUUAUCGGAACCUACAGGUUGGGUCGUAAUCCCCGUAAAGGAUGGUCGCGAUAGGCCAAUACGAACAUUUAUGAUACAAAUCGCGGUCAUAUCGAAUCAUCAGAAUGGACGAGACACCCACAUGCGGCAAAUACGAAUUCAUUCGCCGGUAGAAGGCAAAAAUUAUCCGUUAGAACAAUACGGUCAAUUUAGUACUGUCGAAUUCCAACAAUACAGCUGUAUUCGAUAGAGCCCUUUUGUUAGUAACUGAUAUUGUACGUUUUCUCAUUAACCGGUGAAUUUUCUAUUUUAAACGUGUUCAUUUUUAGAAACAAAUUACAAUAAAAUUUGGAAGUGUUUGAGUUUCAAAAUA